GGCGUGUGGUGGGGGUUCCGGGCUCCCCCGUUGCUGGGUGAUGGUGUUUGUGACCCGGCUGGGCCAGGCAGAAGCAAAGGGGACAGGACCGGGGGCAGCUGCAGCACAGGGACCAUCCAGAGCCCAGACAUGGCUGGGAGAGGAACCCGCCGUGAGAACGACACCAUGAGAUACCCCCUGAGCCCCCACACCAUGACAACACGGCAAGAGAGCCAGGACCUGUGUCCCUGCAUCCCGCAGCACACACGCUUCAACCUGGACGGAGGCCGAUCCCAGGAGCUGGGCAGGUUUUAUGGGCUGGUCCAGCAGCACCGCGAGUUUUACCGGGACAAGAGCGGGACGCUGUACCCUGUUCCCUACUUUGUGCUGCCCAUGAAGGAAAAGGAGAGAUGCCCUCAUCCACUUGACCUCCCACCACUCAGCGCCAAGACCCGCUGGCAUUUGCUGCGAUUGUCAUCACUGGACGUACGGACCUGCCAGACCUUCCCCUCGGGGAAGAGGGUCCCCCCCCAGGAGAGGCAGAACCGAGACGUCUAUUUUGCGUGCCGAGCCUAAGCGAUGGCACCCACCCUGCCCUCAGUGGAAACCUGCUUUGUCCAGCUGUAGGAGGAGCAAUGGGAAAAUAAAGGAGACGGAGCUGCUUGCUGUCUGGGGCUCUGUGUGC